AUGGCCAACCCAUCAAUUGCAAGCAACCGUACCCGUUCCAUUCUACACGCCGCCAAGGAGGGCAAAUAUGCUGUUGGCGCGUACAACUGCUAUAAUUGUGACGGUGUGAUGGCCGUCAUUCGCGCUGCAGAGGCCAAAAGGUCACCGGCCAUUAUUCAGCUUUUCCCCUGGACCUUGCAUUUCCAAGGCCCUGAGUUUGUCCGUUAUGUAGUCAGCUCUGCUCAUGCUGCCUCGGUCCCCAUUGCAGUGCAUCUUGAUCAUUGCAUCAAGCCCGAGGACGUGGAAUUUGCCCUAACUCUUCCAUUCGAUUCGAUCAUGAUUGACGGUUCCACAAUGGAAGAGGCGGAGAAUAUCGCAAUCUGUGCACGGAAUAUCAAACGGGCCCACGAGCUCGGGAUAUCCAUUGAGGUCGAGAUGGGACGGAUAGACGGCGGGGAAGAUGGCCUCCCUAAGGUGGACCUAGGGACCGUCUUUACAAACCCCGAGGAUGCUAGACAGUUCAUGGAAGAGACUGGUGCCGACUUCCUUGCCCCAAGCUUCGGCAACAUUCAUGGAGGCUACGGACCUGGUGGUGCCGAAAAGUCGUGGGAUACAUCUCUUCUCCGUAAGAUUUCGAAAAGUGUCGAACAGCCACUUGUACUGCAUGGCACGCACCCUGUUACGGAUGAACUCUUCCUCAAGGCAAUUGACUGUGGAGUUUCGAAGAUCAACGUCAACCGAACAGUGCGCGAUGAUUAUACGAAGUUUGUCGCUGAGAAUGCUGAGAAAUUGGAAUUGACAGUGCUCAAGGUCCAGGCCGUUAAUGUUUAUGCCAAGUCUGUGCAGCGUGUCAUGGAUCUUUUCAGAUCUUCUGGCAAGGCAUAA